AUGUUAUUGUCAAGUGAAUCUUGGACUAGAGUAUUCAUCCUGUGCAAUUGUAGUUUUGUAGUGUUCGGUGUUGUUCUGCUAGCACUCGGAAUUCAACCACAAAUCACUUUAAAUCAAUUCAGAACUAUACUACACAGUGCGAAACCAGAGAUCUUCCUGGUAGUAAGUAUCUCAGGAGGUCUCUGUGUGCUAGGAUCAUGUGUUGGAAUUUAUGGACACUUGAAGAAACAUAAAAUGAUCAUAUAUUUUAACAUUUUUGUUUUGUUUAUCGUGACUUGUAUGUGGAUCGGUAUGGCAUCGACAGUAGCUUUAACGGAAGACAGGUUCCCUACGUUAGUUAACAGCUCACUAACUUCUACUGUUAAACAAUAUGAGAAACGAGUUGAUUAUCAAAUAGAGUUUGAUCAUUUACAAACGACUUUUCACUGCUGUGGAGCGUCAUCAUACAAAGACUAUCCUUUCAAUCCUAGGAUAUUACAAGUACCUUCUUCAUGUAGAUACGGAAAAUUCGCAUAUCCUAAAGGAUGUGUAUCAGCGAUAAUUGAAUAUACACAAACUUAUCUAAAUAUCAUCAUGUAUCUAUGUUUCACAUUCGGGAUUAUUCAAGCUGUCUACUUGAUAUUGUCAUUUCUGAGAAUACGUAAAUUUGAUGGUGACAAUUUUCUAUCUGCAUAA